AUGGUUUCUCACAUGACUUCCAGGAAAAUUAUUCCAUUACAUAUCAACGACCUCCUUUCCUGCACGAUCAAUCCGAUCCACAUCAUUGCUGAUGCAGGAAAUCUGAAAUUCAAACGUGGACGGGUGAGUCUUAGCGACGAUCCCAGGGUGGGUGCACCAGAAACGGCAGUCACCCAGGGAAACGUUCAUGCUGUGGGCAAACUCAUCAUUGAAGAUAGACAUGUGACAUAUCGCGAGAUUGAGGCAAAAUUAGUUUCUCGUUGGAUACCCCACCUGUUGACUGAAGAGCAGAAAGCAUCCAGGGUUAAUUGGUGUCAAAAAAAGCUUGACCGUUUCAAUUCCGGAAACUCAAAACAUGUGUACAGCAUUGUUAAUGGUGAUGAAUCGUGGAUUUACUGUUAUGAACCAGAAACUAAACGACAGUCGGGUCCAACAAAAGUCAUCCGUUCUCAAAGUGUUUCGAAAAAGAUGUUCGCGACAUUUGUGUCAAAAGCGGGUCAUAUUGCAACAAUUCAUCUUAAUGAGCAAAGAACUGUUACUGCGGAUUGGUAUCCCACGAUUCGUUUUCCAAAAGUCAUCACCGAGCUUCGAAAAAUCAACCCCGAAAGAAGAAUCAUCCUCCACCAAGACAAUGCAAGCACGCACACGGCCCAAAAAACAAGGCAGUAUUUAACGGAAGAAAACAUGGAAUUAUUGGACCAUCCUCCAUAUAGUCCCGAUCUAAGUCCUAACGAUUUCUUUACUUUCCCGAAAAUUAAAAACAGACAGCGUGGUCAAAGGUUCCAGUCACCAGAAGAAGCAGUUGACGCGUUCAAAAAUGCAGUUUUGGAUCUGCCAGCAAACGAGUGGAAUAAUCCUGGGUUCGAUUGUAUUAAAAGCGAGCAGUUGAAAAUUAUAGCCGAGGACAUAACAGAACCACUCACUUACCUAAUCAACAAAUGCUUUGAAUCUGGCAUAUAUCCCUCAAUUUUAAAAAAAGGUAAUAUAAUACCGAUACAUAAAUCAGGAACAAAAACAGAUGUUAAAAACUAUAGACCAAUAUCAAUAAUAUCCAGUGUAGCAAAGGUUUUUGAAAAAGUUUUAUCUACUAGAAUGAUUCGAUACCUCACAAAAUUCAAAAUUUUAAGUGAAAAUCAAUAUGGAUUUACAGAAGGGAAGGCUACAUCGGACACAAUAACUAAAAUUGUAAAUCAAAUACAUCAAAAUAUUGAUAACAGAAUCCCUUCAAUCUGCAUUUUUGUUGAUUUAAAGAAAGCUUUCGACACAGUUAAUCACAAAUUAUUAUUAGAAGCAUUGGAGAGAAUUGGUUUCAGAGGAAACGCGUACUCACUGAUCGAAAGUUAUUUGUCAAAUCGCCCACAAUCUAUGCAGAUAUCAGGAUCAUUUAGUAAAGAAAUGUAUAUUAAGUGUGGUGUCCCACAAGGAACUGUCUUAGGUCCGCUGUUAUCCAAUAUAUAUUUAAAUGAUAUUUUCCAAAUUAAUUGUGUUGGCAAAAUAACUAGUUUUGCAGAUGAUACUGCAAUAUUAUAUGAAGGCACUGACUGGUCUGAUCUGAAAAAUGUAAUUGAAAAUGAUUUUAUCAAAAUUAUUCGGUGGUUUAACAGUAGAAAAUUAAGCAUUAACUACUCUAAAACACAUUUUUUACCAUUUGGAUCUUAUGCUAGACAUCUACCAAAUUACACAAAUUUCUCCUUCAAUAUUAAUGAUCAAAAAAUGCAAAUUAAUAGAGUGCCCAACAUAAAAUACCUUGGAGUGGUCUUUCAUCCUCACUUACGAUGGGACAGCCAUCUCAAUUAUAUUUUAAAGAAAGUUAGAUUUGUAUCAUACAAAAUUAAAUACCUUGGGAAUAUAUUGACAGAAAAAUAUCUUCGAACAUUAUACCAUGCACUGAUUGAGCCUCAUCUCCCAUAUGGUAUAUUAGCAUGGGGAGCUGCAUGUUCCUCGCAUAUCUAUAAUUUAGAUGUUUUUCAAAAAAGUAUUCUAAAAAUGAUAUUUAAAAAACCGAAACUUUAUCCCACUGAAAAAUUAUACGCAGAUGUUCGAAUGUAUGAUAUAAGACAUCUUUAUUUCUUACACAGUAUCACUCACUACCAUAAAUUUGUAAACACCGACCAAAAAAUUAAACAUAAUCAUUAUACCAGGUACAAAAUUCGUGGCACAGUACGAUCAUAUUUAGCGCCUAAAUUUUAUGAAAUUAUACCUAAAGACUUAAAAGAUUUACGUUUCGGAAAUUGUUUCAAAAGAAAUUUAAAAAAGUGGUUACAUUCUAUAUCUAGGACUGAAAUUCAUAAACUCAUAAAUACGAACAUCAACUAA